AUGCCUCGCUUAAAUAAAGUUCGUAAAAGUUGUAAAAAUGCACAUCUUGCAAAAAUAUCCAAACCAUCAAUCUUAGUUAAAACUUCAAAUCCAACUAAUCAACAACAAAUACCAACUUUUCAAUUAAUUACAACUGAAAGUAAUUCAUUUAAUCUAUUAGAAAUUGAAGAAGUGGAUAAUCAGCAACAAAUUUCAACUGCUCAAUUAACUAUUUUACGAAUAAAAAAAGAUUUGAUAGCAAAAAUCAAUUAUUUAUCUGAAAAAAGAACUAAUAGCUGGUUCUCA